AUAUUUGAGUACAGUAAUAUAAUUGAGUAAUAUAAAAAUGAAUAUUUAGACAGUUGUUAAAAUUUUCAUCAACAGAGGGCACUAUUGCUUUAUUUAUCAAAUAGGUUGCACUGUAAUUUAUCAUUUGCUCAGAGUCUUUAUACUACUAUAACAAGGAGAUAGAAAACAGCAUUAUUAACACUUCUCCUGGAACAUGUUGCAGAGAUGUCAGAAACCUUGUGUUGGAUAUAUAAUUUUAAGUGUAUAAAAGUACAGUCAUUUGCACAAUUAUUUCACUUAGAAAGACCAAGAGAUUUAGUUGGAAUGUUGGAAUAUCUCAAUCUUACACUCAUAGGUAGACAUCAUAGUGGCAUUGAUGACUGCAGAAAUAUUGUUAGAAUUUUACAAGCAAUGGCUGAGAAAAAUUAUAGAUUUUAUAUAAAUGGAAAGUUGUAAAAAAUUUUAAGAGAUGUAUUUAAAUUAUUAAAAAUUGUUUGAUUUAAUUUUCAAAUCAUUAAUGUAAGAAAAAAUUGUUUAAAAUAUAA